AUGAUCACAAGGGAAAAAGUUGUUGCCAACAUUUGGCAAUCCCAGUUGAGCAAAAUGGAGUUGUUAUCAGUCAAUGCAUCUAGGUCCCAAAGGCUGGUAUAUUACGGAGACAAAGGAGGUGGCGGCGGCGGCAAGAUCACAGGAUUGGAAACAGGAAAGCUAAGCUAUUCUCUGAUGCUUGAAACAGGGAUUAAUCUGACCAGGGGUGGCAUUGGCGCCUUCCCCAACCACCAAAUUUUCACGGUGGCUUGGGUGAUUGUUUACUUUGUGACAAGGUGUAAGGAAGCUGAUUCAUGUGGAAGAAGGUUUGGGAGGAAAGAAUUAGAGGUAUUGAUUGAUGGCCUUAAAUGA